UUAUAUCGUUAAAAUCGGUCUGUUCUUGUUACUUGUUACAGAUAUAUGUGUAUAUGUAUAUAUUUGCUUACGUACGUAAGAUGGAUUUUAUUCUUAUUUUGUUUCGUGACAUCAACUUCCGCUUUAUUAAACAUUAUUGUAGGAACGUAUAAAGUCGAGAAUAAUAAAACAAAUUAACAGAAAAUCGUCCUUAAUGAAUACUCACAUAUCGUUUACCGAGCCUGUUCGUUUCUGAUCGGCAAGGACGCACGUUGAUUGGUCUGAAACACGUUGAAAGUAGGUUGUGACGUCGCACGGAGAAACUAUAUAGGGAUGUGGAGUGCGAUUUCGGCGCAUUUCAGUAACGAACGUGCUGGGUGACACAUAAGUUGUAAAGUGCGUACGAUCUAACGAUAUUUUCACCUGUGGAUUACUAUAAUAAUAUUAUUACUACGAAGAUGGCCAGCGAAGCGCAACGAUUAAUUGGAAUCUCUUUGACGAAGAUCGCCCAAUCGCGGACCCACCGAGGUGGUGUCAGUUUACACAAGAAUUUAUUAGUGGCUACGGUUUUGCAAAAAGCUCGGUACAUAUUUAUGGAGGAGGCUUAUAACAUGGUGCACUAUCAGGCAGCACCGGUGGUACCUCAGCGAGAGGUACAGGAGGAGUUAGUGGGUUUAACUGCAGAGGAAGCCGGGGUCGCGCCGAUGACGGCGCCCGAAGAACCGGACACCUCCAGCCUGGAUUUCCUGCAGCCGGGCUGCGCGAAGUGUGGUCAGGACAAGGAGAAUCAACCACCGACGUACCACACCGCCGGCGAGUUGACUUACCUAGACUUGGACAAGACGCCGAGCGUCCUCAAGGAGCGCAGCAACUGCUUGAAGAGGCGACGAGCGGUCACCGAAUGGGAGACCGAGGAGGCUGUACAAUCCAUUCUUCCUAAGCGUAGGUGUACCGAAGAAGGCGACGAUUCGGUGUUCCUAGAUGACGCCACGUUGCUCUCUGAUACGGUCGCCAAGGAAAUCGAAAGUCAGGAAGCAACAGCAUCGACGUCUUCUCCGUCAACGUCGACGACCACCACGUCGUCAUCGACGAUGGAAAUUGAACGAAUCACAUCACUCGUAUCCAUCUUCAGUUUCGGUAUGGGGGAGAAUGGUAAACUCAAUAGGUCCGUUUCCACCCCAGACCUUUGUUCCUCACAAGCUAAAGAUGUCGCGGACUCGAUACAGCAGCGGCCAUUCCUUGCUAUGACGGUAUAAAUUACAAUUUAGUGUGUUAAUUAGAACAAUCAUUGCCAGAACAUUUCCAAAUAUGCGCGUGAUCUCGUACAACGAUUACAAAAUGAUGAUUUUUUUUUUUGUUAAGAAAGAAGGAACAAUCACUUUGCUAAAACCCAAGACAUUAAGACACGCACAUUACUAUCAAUAUUACACAUUACAUUGUUUCGGUGCUACUCUGUACUUACUACAUCAACAAAUUAUGAACUCAAGAAAAAAA